AUGGGGAUGGCUGCAGAGUCACAGUUUCAUGUGUUGGCUGUUGAUGACAGCAUCAUAGAUAGGAAACUCAUUGAGAGACUCCUCAGAACCUCUUCCUACCAAGUUACUACAGUUGAUUCUGGUAGCAAGGCUUUGGAGUUUCUGGGGUUGCGUGAGAAUGAUGAGAGCAACCCAAGUACACCAUCUGUUUCUCCCAACAAUCAUCAGGAGGUGGAGGUGAAUCUUGUUAUUACAGAUUACUGUAUGCCUGGCAUGACAGGGUAUGACUUGCUUAAGAAAAUCAAGGAAUCUUCAUCUUUGAGAAACAUACCAGUGGUGAUUAUGUCAUCUGAGAAUGUGCCUUCAAGGAUUAGCAGAUGCCUGGAGGAAGGAGCAGAAGAAUUUUUCUUGAAGCCUGUGAGGCAGGCAGAUUUGAACAAGCUUAAACCCCACAUGAAGAAGACCAAAUUGAAAGAUCAAAAGCAGGGAACAGCAGAAAAGCUUGAAAACUCAGAAGUUCUACAGAAACAGGCACAACAAAUCAUCCAAAAUGACCACCAACAAGAACCAAAACCCCAAGAUCCUCAGCCAGAGUCAGAGUCACAUCCACAACCAAUUAUAGAACAACAGCAACAGUCACUACAACAAGCCAACAGUAACAAGAGGAAGACCAUGGAACAGGGGCUUACACCUGAGACUGACAGAACAAGACCAAGAUACAGUGGCAUAGCCACUGUGGUAUGA